AGUGUUUCCGGGUCAGCACCGGCCUGCAGCGUGGAAGCAUCCGAGCCGCACUCCGACAGACAGCCAUGGGCGACUCGGCGAGUGAGGACCGCUUUGACGGGAUUCUGCUCGCUAUGGCGCAGCAGCACGAAGGAGGCGUCCAUCAGCUCGUGGACACCUUCUUCAGUUUCUUGAGACGUAAAACUGACUUCUUCACUGGUGGAGAGACCGGUGCAGCUGAAAAAUUGGUCACUGAGACAUUCAAACGUCACCACAAGUCAGCCACAGAGGCUCAGAAAGAGAAACAGGUAAAGCAAGAAAAAGAGAAGAAGGAGAAUGCAGAAAGAGCUGCACGACUUGCUGAGGAGAAGAGAAAAGUGGAGCCGGAGCUGAAACAGCCGAAAAUUCAGGAGCUGACAGAAGAGGAGGCGGAGAAGCUGCAAAGGGAGAUUGACCAGAAAAAGCAAGAUGUACAAAAUGCAGCAGAGACCAAUGGAGAGGAGAGCCCAGCUAUCCCUGAGCCCAAGCAGACAGAAUCGGACUCCGAUGGGGAAGAAGAUGAGAAAGAUAAAGGGAAGCUGAAGCCUAACUCUGGGAAUGGAGCAGAUCUACCAAACUACCGCUGGACACAGAGUCUGUCAGAGGUGGAUCUCUUGAUUCCAUUCCAAGUCAACUUCCGGUUGAAAAGCCGAGACCUAAUUGUGGAGAUCCAAAGGCGCCAUCUGAAAGUCGGACUGAAGGGGCAUUCACUGGUGCUGGAUGGGGAGCUGUACAAUGAUGUGAAAGUGGAGGAAAGCUCUUGGCUGCUGGAAGAUGGCAAGAGCAUCAACGUGCAUUUAGAGAAGAUUAAUAAAAUGGAAUGGUGGAAUAAGAUUGUGACAACAGACCCAGAAAUCAACACAAAGAAAGUGAACCCAGAGAAUUCAAAGCUUUCAGACCUGGAUAGUGAGACGCGCAGCAUGGUUGAGAAGAUGAUGUAUGACCAACGACAGAAAGCAAUGGGGCUGCCCACUUCCGAGGAACAGAAAAAACAAGAUAUUCUCAAAAAGUUCAUGGAGCAACACCCAGAGAUGGACUUCUCAAAAGCGAAGUUCAGUUAAAGGUGUCUUAACCUCUUUAGGGACAAGGGGAAAACAAUAAUUAUUUAAGAGUUUCACAGAUUUCUACUGAACACCCUCUGAGCUGAGCUUUGUCCCACUUGUGCAUCUUGUCGUCCAGGUUACUCACUGAAGGUGCAUGUUUCUCGUCUCGUCUGGGCAGCAGACUGAUAGCUGCAGGGCAGUCCCCCAGCUUCUCCAAGCAGCUUGUGCGAUCAGCUCCAUCUAUGUGUUUCCUGAUGUAUACAGGGCACUGAGUUUGACCCAAGCGGGUGAUGCGGUUUCCCAGCUGUAAACACAACUGAACCUUUCAUUAUCUUCUUCCUUACUGGAGAUGAACCAGAGAGUACUGAGGGAGACUUGAGCCCUCAGUCCACUAAGCUUAUUUAUUCCAGUGUUUACCAUUGUGCCUCUAUAACUCUUUUCCAAUAAAUAUAUCUGUGUUUAUGUGUGAGAUCUACCCCGCUUAGCAAGGAUUAGAAUCCAGUGAUCCCCUUCACCAUUGAUAGUGAGGAUGCUCUAGACCUUGGUCUUAUACAGUUGUGCAGCUAGUAAUGUACAACAGUAGCUUUCAUUUCCCUUCACCCAUUCUCUGGUUGCUUCUCAUUUUGAAUUUGAACCUCCCUGGUGUGUUCGUACCAGUAAGAAAUUCCUUCUACUCGUGUAUUGAAAUGAUUCAGUGAGUUCUAUGCAAAUUCCAUCGAGCUAACUGCCUGCUGGGUUGUUGUUGGCUGCCGUCUCCUGUUCGGUUCUAUUGUUGGAAAACUGUUUCCUCCCUCUCAUGUGUUGGUUGCUCCCUAGCUGCCCUGGCUGUGCUAAGAGGUUUUUCAUCCUUUGUUGGCAUCCUUUGAAGGUUAGUUUAAAGAUUGAGGUCAUUGCUCUCCAUUUCUUUGUCCCAAUGUUUCCCAGUCAAUAACACUGACUGGCUAACGCAGUGGGCAUUGGUAGGACAUCCUUGUCCACUAUUAACAUUUUUUUAAAGUUUGUUUUCAUUGAUGAACUUCCAGAACAUUCAUCUCAAUAAACCUGAUCUGCAGUU